AUUAAAAUUUUUUUAAUAUCAUUCAAUUGGUAUAUUAUUUAAUUUUAAAUACAGUAAAAACAAAUUAUAUAUCACUAAAAUUACAAUAAAACUAUAAAUUUUUUUUUUUUUUUUUUUAAAAAUUUAAAAUGGGUGUCGCUUUUGGUAAACUUUUCAGCCGUUUCUUUGGCAAAAAAGAUAUGAGAAUUUUAAUGGUCGGUCUUGAUGCCGCUGGUAAAACUACCAUUUUAUACAAACUCAAAUUAGGUGAAAUUGUUACCACAAUUCCAACUAUUGGUUUCAAUGUCGAAACUGUCGAAUUCAAAAACAUUAACUUUACCGUUUGGGAUGUCGGUGGUCAAGAUAAAAUUAGACCAUUAUGGAGACAUUAUUUCCAAAAUACUCAAGGUCUCAUCUUUGUCGUCGAUUCAAACGAUAGAGAAAGAAUUCAAGAAGCCUGUGAUGAACUCCAAAAAAUGCUCAAUGAAGAUGAAUUACGUGAUGCCGUUCUUUUAGUUUUCUGUAACAAACAAGAUCUUCCAAAUGCCAUGAGCGUUGCUGAAGUCACAGAUAAACUCAAUCUCCACGCUCUCCGUCAAAGAAAAUGGUACAUCCAAUCAACCUGUGCCACCUCAGGUGACGGUCUUUACGAAGGUCUUGAUUGGUUAAGCAACACUUUAACUGCUUCUAAGUAAAAAAAAUUAAAGGACCAAAUCAAGCAUAGAUAAAAUUUUUAAAAAGUUUCUAUGCAAAUGUUCAAUAAAAAAGAAAUGUUUAUAAUAAGAAGAAUAAAAUAAAAAAAUAAAAAAAAAAAAAAAAAAAAAAACUCCAAAAAAAAACAACCAAUCAUAAUAAUAACUAAAUAAUAAUAUUAUAUAUAUAUUUUUUUUAAAUAAAGAUUUAUUUAAAUUGUAUUUAAGUAAUACUAUACACAUUACAUUUUUUCUUUUUUUCUUUUUUUU